UUUCAAGAAUCAAUACUCUCUCACAUCUCUCUUUUUCUUCUUCUUUCUUUCAAAACGUCCCCAUGGCUCAGGCUCCCGCGAAUCGUUUUUCGUCGUUGCCGUCUGAGUUAGUUGAAGAGAUACUUUGCAGAACUCCGGCUGAAUCUUUGAACAGUGUCAAAACGACGUGCAAGCAAUGGUACGCAAUCAUCAGCAGCAACGCAAGAUUCAAGCAAAAGCAACUUGAUCAUCACAUUCACACUUCCCAACGAUUCCUAAGAAUCGAUGAUGAGCGUGCGCGUCAAAUCAUGGACCCGGUGACCGGAAUCGUAACAGAAAGACCUCCUGCGGUUCAAAUCAUGGACCCGGUGACCGGAAUCGUGACAGAAAUACCAAUCCCCGACGAGUUUAAUGACCUACUUCCGGUUUCUUGGAUGGUUCAUUGUGAUGGACUCAUGCUCUGUAUAUGUAAAGACUGGGAACGACGAGGAGGUUACGUGCGUCUCGCAGUUUGGAAUCCGCUUUUGGGGAGAAUCAAAUGGAUCGAACCAUCGGAUGAUUACUGGGUUCAUGAUUAUUUCGGGGUUGGAUACGACGACGAUGCAUCUCGUCACAACUACAAAAUCUUGAGGUUUGGUUAUAAUCUUGGUAAUAAAUCUAGAGUCUAUGAGAUCUAUGAAUUCAUGUCUGAUUCAUGGAGAGGUAUUGAUGCUGGGUUUGAUGGGGAUAUAGUUAUGAAAUGGGAAUGUGUGUCUGUCAAGGGCCACAUGUACUGGCUUGCUUUAAAGAAGGAACGUUAUUUCGUUCUAUGUUUUGACUUCUCCGAGGAAACAUUCAAGGACGUAUGCGAUUGUCCUGACUUUUGGAACGAUUGUAGCCGAUUAGAAUGUUUCAAUGGAGAUAGACUCUCUUUCUUAACACAAGAUGGAGAGGGAACAAGAGACAUUGAGGUGUGGAUGACAAACAAGUUGAGUGAUGAGGUCGUUUCCUUUGCCAGUCACUUCAGUGUCACUACUGGCCCUGACCCUGGCCCUGCUCUUCUUCCGCGGUUACGGUUCCUUACUUGUCCGGGAUACUCCAUCGGCAAGCACAGAAAUAUCAUGGCAUGGUGUGAGCAAACUGUAGAAGAAGACGAAGAAUAUACUUGGGUUUCUGUCUUCACUUUUUACGAGAUUGAUGAAAGUGGUGUCGUCACGAAACAAAUUGAGACUAGUAGAAGUCUAUCCACUGAAUACAGUGAGCUGUCAACCUGUAGCUAUGUCUAUGUUCCGAGUCUGACCCCGGUUCCAGAAUGAGAGGUAGAUGUAAGGGUUGCUUCGUGUUCUUCUC